AACCAUUUUUAAUCUAUGACAUAAUUCUGUUGUUGAGGUUAGGAUUGGAAAAUAAAUAAUUUUCCGUAAUGGGAGAUACAAAUUUUAAGCCCAAAGUUGAUGCUGGUGAUAAAAACCCAAUAUUGAAACAGGCUGAAUUGGAUUACAUGAAGAUUAUUGAACAAAAGAAUCGUGAAAGAGUGGUUAAAUUACAGCAAUUGAGUAAACGGAAUAGAUUAACUGGAUUUUCAAUUGGAGCGGGAGUGUUUGGAAUUUACUUAUAUUCUAUAUUUGCUGUGAAGCAGGAGACCUUCCUUGACGAUUUCGAGGAACCGGCCAAAGUGCAACAGUAAUGGCUGCAGUAAAACAUGCAGUCCAAAUCAGAUUGCCA